AUGGCGGAGAACCGGGUGGGGCGGCGGGUAAACAAGGUGUGCGGGAAUCCGUCACCGUGCCGUGCCGGCGGUGGGCGGGACCCUGGUCAGAGCCCCCAGCGGCGCCAGGCCCGGGUCACUGUGACGUACAACCGGGAUGAGCUGCAGAGGAGACUGGAGGUGGAGAGGUGGAUCGACCGCGGGCUGGACCGGUUGUACCGGGGUGAAGAGGACAUGCCCGAGGAGGUGAACAUCGACGAGCUGCUGGACCUCAAGACUGAUGAGGAGAGGACGCACAGACUGCAGGUAACAGUGCCACCUAUGUGUUACACACAGCCAGGCAGACGGACCGGCGCGCUCGGUGGAGACUGCAGAGUUUCCUGUGAGGGCGGCUGGCUCUCCCUUAGAGGAGGAGCUCAGAGGGAGGAGGCCCAGGGAGAGCCAGGCCUGAUGGCGGAGGUUAGCACUCUUGCCUGGGAAGGCCUCGGUGCCCCGGGCGGCGAGGAGUGA